AUGAUUUUUCCAAAAUUUAAAGGUGUUUAUAUAAAUUUUGCGAUGAAGAAAGAAGGUUUGCAGUUUGAUACAGCAGUAUAUUCAAUGAUUGGAGGAAUGAGACUUCCGAUUGAUGUACUGAGUGACACGGUGACCGGUCCCGGGUCAUCUAGGGCGGGAAGCUCAGGGGAUGUCAUUCCUUCUGGUUCAGUCCUGUCUUCACUCCCAGUGAAACCAAAGAGUACUGAAGCUUGGGAUAACCAAAUGGAACAGGUUAGAAAGAACCCAAAUGAUAUUAAACAAUGGGAUAUAUUGUUUAAAAUGCUAGACGACCACGUACUUGAGAACUACGACCCCGAAACUUUGGUCAGUACUCUUUCGGAGUCGUUUAAGAAGUUCUCUAGUGAUGCAUACCUUGAGUUACUUUCGAGGUUUCCACUUCUUACCAACUAUUGGAAGAACUUUCUGAUUUUUGAGUACAAACUUAAUGGCGUCAAGGCUUCCAUAGAAGUACUCAGUAAGGCUGUAGAUAGCCAUCCGUACUCGAUCAGUUUAUGGGCGGAUUAUUUGAGUGCCUUGAUAUCUGAAUUGCAGGAACUGACUGACCAACAAACAGAAAUUGAAUUUAUUCGUUCACAAUUUCAACUUGGAUUAAAGUAUAAUGGGAUGAAUUUCCUUUCACACCCACUCUGGGAUAAGUUAUUUGAAUUCGAACGUUCAUUGAGUGAUGGUCUGGAUGAUGAUAUAUUCUGGUUAUUCCUCAAGGUAACCAAAAUCCCAUUAUAUCUGUACGCCCAGUAUUAUCAAACAUUUUCAGAAAUCAAUAAAAAGUUUUCCUUGGAAGAUCUCUUUUCAGUGGAAGAACACCCCGAAAGCAUCUUAAAUGAAUAUUUACAGAAAUUUAAUAAAGAAACUACAGAUGAUCUUUCGGUAGUAGAAAGACACCAAAUCAUAGAUGAUUACUCAUACAAGAUGUUUAGUCGAACACAGGCCAAGGUUAAUGAGAAAUGGACUUAUGAAUCUGCCAUCACCAAACCGGAAUUCAGUUUAGAAGUUGAGGAACCUAAGGAGUACGAAAAUUGGGUAACUUAUUUGGAUUACGAGAUAGAAUGUUACAACAAGAGCAAGGAGUCCCUGGAAUCUACUUCAAACAGUUCAACUCAGUAUAAGCUCGUGGUAAAUCUUUUUGAACGAGCAUUGGUGCCCAAUUGCCUUUCUGGAAAGCUUUGGCUUAAAUAUAUUUCAUUUUUAAACUCACUGGAUGUCGACUUUUCCACAAUUGACUCAGUUUAUGACAGAGCGAUUCACAAAUAUGUCCCCAUGGAUGAAAAUACGAUACGAUUCAAUUACAUUAGCUUUUUACAAAAAUCUGGUAAACAUGAAAAGGCAAUCUCUUAUCUAUUUCAACUUAUUCAAUUGUUUGGUGGGUUGAAACCAAAUUAUCCAUAUUAUCAAAAGGAUGAUUAUAUUAAGGGAGUGGAGAUAUUUCUUGAGACUUUUAGUAGUAGUGUUGAUCACGAACAGUUUGAGAAAUCAUUGCAAAAGUUUAUAGCGGAGUAUUUCAAUAAGAGAAAGCCAAAGGAACAGAAAGGGCAUAAGAAAGAUGAUGUGGAAGACGCUAAGUUUGAUAUCCCAGAUACAUUCCAGCCCAUAGUAAAACUUUGGAAUGAUGACUCUAUUGUAAUAGCAGUAGACAAGCACCUAAAAUUCAUGUUGAUGUCUAGUUCAACGGCAAGUAUUCGUCAUUUUUUCAACAAAUACCAUCAAGAAUCCCCCUUACAGGACUGUACGAAGUUCUGGUCAUUUUACGUACAAUUUGAAGGGAAAUAUCAGCACAAUAUGAAAAAUUUGAAGAUGGUAAAAGACUAUAUUAAGACUAAGUCACAACUCCCUAAGGUAGUUGUCGAUGCACUUUUGGGGUUGAAUUACGAUAUAGUAUCUGCCAAUCUUGCUGACGUAUUGGAGAACAAUGUAAACAAUGGGCGAUCGGAUGAUACUUUGAUCUCAUAUGAUAGAGAUAUCUCCGACUCAUUGGUAGUUAAUUCUUCAUGGAGGAAAAGGCUUGCAAUGAAAAGCUUUGCCGUAGAUACCUCAAAAGCUCGUGGUGGAGAGGACGACAUAUACUUAAAAUAUUUAAAAUCCAGAAUUGGUCACGCUGGAGUUACUAUUGAGAAUACCCCGGAAAUUACGAACAGACUUUCUGGGAAAUGGAUUUCUUUAGAUUCCAAUAAGUUAGAAGUUCCUCCAUUCCCAACUUUCAAAAACGUGGAAAAGGCUUCGCAACCAAUUCCAUACCCAACCGAUUUAUAGAGCAAAAGAAAAAAUGAUGCUACUAUUUUUAAUAGAAAAUAAUACGAAAACAUACAUUACCCAC